AUGGGCGAAGCAUUGUUCGAUCUUGAACAAGUUCUCAUUUCCAAGAAGGAAAAAUUGACACCUCAGGAAUUAAAUAUUCUACUCUCGUGCAAAUCCAAAGCUGUGAGGGAUUUCACUGCUAGUGCACUUGCUGGGGGUACUGCUGCAUGGGCAGCAACUUGGAAACUUAGCAAACCAUUUCGAGUCAACCUUUCCGCUGGAGCUGGUGCUUUCUGUGGACUGUUGCUAUUUAGUAGAACCUUGUAUUCUUGUGCAGAUCAGAUUCUUUCAAUGGAUGGUAGUAUAUUGCAGAAGGAGUUAGCGAAUAUAAUGGUGACAAAAUACCAGAAUGAUCCUUUGUUAAAGCAGCUUAUAUCUAAGCAUUUCUACUCGGAGAGGAUUUUUGAUGAUUCAUGUAAUAAUCCUAAAUUAAGAUGGAGAUACCGGAAUUUCUAUAUCGAGAAUGCAGUCCAUGGUCAUAGGACACAUGAUCAUGAAUCUCAUGAUAAAUUCCAAAACCACUCUCGUAAUUAUUCUAAUGAUAAAUCCCAAGGCAGGUCUGAAAAUGUAACCAACAGCAAAAGGACAACAAAUCUUGUGACGAAGCAUACUCUUACAGACGCGGGUCCUGAUAUGACGUCGGAGGUAGACCCUCUUGAUUCUCUUUUGGGUUAUGCCUCUCCUGUGGAAGGCCCUCUUCAUUCUAAUUCCCCCAAAAAACCAUCAGCAACUCAAAACCGGGCUCAUAAAAGAUCUCACCGUAGGCGUCGGAUGCGAAAUCGUGAAGACCUUUCACAUUCUGAGCCUACAGAAGAAGUUUGA